UUUUGAAAACGUAAGCGGAAGUGUGUUUGUAUUCUACUUUUUCGAGGAACUCAACCUUAAAAAAAUAAAUUCAAGAAUGUUUUACGUUAAAGAGAAGCAUCAUAACAUUUCUUCUUAGGUAUAAUACACGGAUACUCACAAAUACACGAAAAUAGUGUCGCCGUUAACGGUUAAAAACGGCCGUUGCGAACAGUGUCAACCGUCAACCGGCAGGGGGCAACACUGUCCGUGAAAUGGAGGUCAAACCGUCCAGCAGCAUCAUUCCCACCUUCAGUGGAGCAUCUCUUCAUCUGAGAGUCAGCAAAGGCUGUCCUGCCACGAUUUUAACGUGCCAACAUGUGGUCAUAACUGACCAGUAAGUGGUCAGUGGUAAGCAUCUUCAAUGCUGCAUGCAACUUGCGUGGAUAGAUGAGGCUGCAGUAGAGCAACUGAGCAAGGACACCCAGAAUCCUCUAGUAAGCACGGCAGACCAGGCUGCUAGCUCCAACUGUAGCAAACACAAGUCCAUGACUGAGAACUCUGCCUCCCAUGAUGGACAAGAAAAGUGCCAACGGCUUUCAGACCAAGGCCAGUGAGGGCGGUGUUCAGAGGAAGCAGCUGCCCUACUCAGUGGAGACUCCCUAUGGCUUCCACCUGGACCUGGACUUCCUGAAGUAUGUUGAUGAUAUCGAAAAAGGCAACACCAUUAAAAGAGUCCACAUCCAGCGCAGGGUCAAGGGUCCACCCAAAUUCAGCACUCUACCCAGAAAUUUCAGCCUACCAGGGAAUGGAGCCAGGCCUGCCCCUAAGGAAAAGGAUACUACAUGGUCUGGGACAUCCACCUUGGGGCCCAAGCCUAAAUCACGGGUAACAGAGGUCCAACAGAUUUUUGAUUUUAGAGCAGGUGAAGGAGGGACUUCCAGCCAGAGCAGCAGGGGGACAACCAGUCAGGGCUAUGUUUCAGCUAAGCCCAGAGAUGAAGGUACAGGGGCUCGGGGUGCGGAUGAGAAAUCUGUGGGAAUUCAAAGUCGGCCAAACCUGCUUCGAGCAUCCAGCAUGCCCAUCACUCUACAACAGCGAAAAGGUUCUGAUUCAAGCAGUCCAGACCGUAUUGUGGGAACACCAGAGAAUGGCUCAACAGAGAACAUCUUCCGUGCUUCACCGGACAUAACAGAAAGACGGUGUCUUCCCCAGGAUCGGGCAGGGCUUCACCAGCAGAUCACAGUGGCACUGAAGCGGGUCAGAGAGCUGGAAGAGCAGGUCAAAACCAUCCCAGAACUAAAGGCUCAGAUCUGCUCACUGAGGGAGGAGAGGGAGAAGCUACUGCUUCAGCUCCAAGCUCAGGCCAAGGCGCAGGUUUCCACAUCAUCCUCUACAAUAUCCCAAAGGCCUGAUGCUGGGACACACACUCAGCCACAAGGACACAGACCUCCAGAAGGAUUUAACUUGGCUCUGAUAACUCAACCCUCUGGAGGUUUAGAAGCUUCAGAGUUUGUGCCAGCAAAGCCAGUAACAGGGAAAGACAAACAAGUUGUCACAGAGAAAAGUAAAGUGUUACAAAAAGAGAGGGAGAUAAGUCAGGAAUCUGUUAAGAGUUCUUCAGCAUAUGGAGAAAUGGGUGGGUUGCCACAGCAAGAAGUGAAGAGACAGCCAUCAGAAAAAUCUGACAAACAAAAAGAGACAAUAGAGAGUCCACUGGAACAUGCAGAUCAAAAGCUAUCACAGGACAUUGCAGGACAGGAAUUAACAACACUUAGGGUGGCUGUGAAAGAUGUAGAGAAUAUCAGUAUUCAAGAUGGUAAUGGCGCAAAAGGAGGUGAACUUGAGGACUCAGGUAGUGCCCAGGAUUUACAUGAGAAGCUGAUGAUACUGGAGGCAAAACUUACUCAGGCCAGCCUAGAUCUAGAGAAAACUAAUGCUCUUUUGAAAGUACAAAUGGAGGAGAACAAAAUGAAGGAGGAUAAAAUACUACAACUGAGUGAGGGAAUGAGAGUGGAGGUGUGUACAACAGAGGCACAUAGCAGGCCAAGAAGAGAGAGUAUUGAUACAGGGACAGUGACAGAAAAAGUAGAUUUUGCCAACCAAGAGACUGAGACAGAAUCGCCGAAUACAGUAGAUCAGGGAACAGACACAGAGAGAAUCUGUGUUGAAGUGUGUGUGCCCAAACCAAGGACUGGAAGUAUAGAUCAAGGAACAGAGACUAAAAAAGUUGAAAUUCAUGACCAGGUGACAGAGAUGGAGGUAGAAGUUACUGCUGUAAGCCCACCAAGACCCAGAGCCAACAGCAUGGAACGGGGCACAGUAACUGAGAGAGUUGCCACUCAGGAUCAGAUGACUGAGACGCCAGUGGCUGAAAGGGUGAACCAGGUCACGGAAACAGAGGGAGAGACAACGACAGACCAUCCGCUGAGACCGAGGGCCAGCAGUGUAGACAGAGGGACAGAGACAGAGAGGGUGGACACAGUGGACAGGGUGACAGAGACAGAGGUAGCACAGAGGACAGACCAGCAGACUGAGACAGAGAUAGACAGACGACAGCACAACAAUCCAGCCAGAAAUGCAGAAGCAGAGGGUCAAGGGAGAGAAAGUGCAGGCAGUCAGAGAGUAGAUGUUGAAACAAUGGUCAGUGAAAGAGAGGAAGGGAGGGAAGUAAAUGAAAGAAUUCAAAGAGAUGGUGAAAGUGUGGUCAUGAAAGUUGUUAUAGAGAGUUGUGUUGAAGUUAAAGAAAGUGCAGUUGAACAAACUGUAGUUUCAGACAUUGUAAGCCAGGUUGAAGGGAGUACCAGUCCACUUGCUGUGACAGGAGAAAAUGCAGAAUCUAGGACUGAAGUAAGCACUGCACAGAAUGAAUCAGAAACAAAAGAAAUCAUACCCUUGCAGAGUGGAUUAACAGAAAUUGUUGAAAUGCAACAGGUUGCACUUGAGACCGUAGAAAAGAAGCAAAUAUCAGAAGGUGAGAUUGUGUGUGCAAAAAUCAAAGAAACUGUGGUCACUGACACUGUUGUUGUAGUAGCAGCAGCGGAGAAUGCAGCUGUGAAGACAACAGCCCCUGUAAGACCUCAGAGAGGCCAGAAGCCCUCAGCAGACCAGGCACAGCAGCCACCAACUCCACUUCAGGCUGCCCCUGUGCGUCCUCACAGGGGAUCCAUUGACACUCAAGCUCAGCAGUCCGAGCCUGAGAUAAAAAAACAGCCCCAGCCGCAGGUACAGGGCCAACCUCAGCUCGAGGCUCAGUCCCCAGCACAGGUCUCUGAACCACAGGUAGAACAGCAAUCCCCAUCUCCAUCUCAGGUUGAGGACAGCACCCUAGCAAAGAGGCCUCCAGGGGGGUCAAGUGAAAAACAAUCCCAAUCACCUCAGGCUGAGACUCAGGGCCCAGCCCCAUGCUCCAGAGAAGUCCAAACCCCGCCCAAAUCAAUUCAAGCCCAGUCUCAGUCUCAAACCUCUUCAACUCGGCGGAACUCAAAGGAGCUUAAAGCACUACAGAGGGGAUCUAGCACAUCACAACCUUCUAGUCGUGGACCAGGAGAAGCCCAGACCCGUCCAACUCGUCAGGGGUCGAGUGAGGUCCAACCUCAGUCUCGUAGAAGUUCCAGUGAAACUCAACCCACUCACAAAGAUGCCAGCGACACACAAUCACUGCGCAGAGGCUCCAGUGAAACAGCCCAGCGUCGUGGUUCAGGUGAAACCCAGGCCUCACGUCGGGACACGGGCGAGGCCCAGCCUCCACGCAGAGGCUCCAGUGAGUCACCAAACUCGCCUGCAGCUUUGGGCCAAGUUGUAACCAGGUUAACAGGGCUUCUGGGGGAGCAGUGGGCACAGCUGGGGAGCAGCUCUGGAGCUCAACAGACGGCCAGCCCGCAGGAGAGCCCCAGCACACAGAAACAGACGGCAGGGAAAAGAGCAGAGGCAGGGAAAGGAGCAUCAGCCAAGCCUGCAGGGAAAGCGAUCCCUGCAGCUACAACAGGGAAACCAGCAGGGAAGCCUGGUCCUUCCAAAAUGAGCUCUAUUCAGAGUCAAUUGGUCAGCUCCCUCAGUGUCCUGUCUGCCUUCUACUCACCAGCCCAGAAAGCUGCUGCUGCCAGCAAACAGCAAGAACAAGGUCUCAAAUCUAUUAUGAAGAAAAAUGGUGCUGCUGACAAGCAGGGGAACAAGGGAGCCAAGAAAAACCUGAAGUUUGUUGGGGUGAAUGGAGGCUAUGAGACCACAUCCAGCGAGGAGUCCAGUGGAGAUGAGAAGUCCAAGGUGGAAGCAGAGGAGGAAGACAGCUCAGAGCCAGAGGAGGAGAAGAAGAAGGAGCCCCAGCCGGAAGAAAAGCCUGAGGAGGUAGCAGACACCCAGGGGAAGGAUGCAGAGGUCUUACUCGAGGGAGGAGGUGCAGCGGCUGCGGAGAAAGAGAGCGAAAGAGGCCUAUUGGAUCCAGAGACCAGCCAAGAAUUGCUGGAAGAACAGGCUGAAGGGGAGAAAGUUGACAAGGGGUUUAUAGAUGCUUGCCUCUAUGUAAAGGACCGCAUGGAAGAGGUUUCAUCCCCAGAUAAAGAAAUGCGUCAGGUUUUGGUGGUGCUUUAUCAGGAGUGGUUCAAGAUCUCCAGUCAGAAAGACUCGCAGGCUGAUACUGUCACAUUAUACCUGCGGCAAGUGGGUUUGACCACACCCACUCUCCUGCCAUAUGUAGUUAACUUGACAGAUGGCAAUGGGAAUAUGGCCCUCCACUACAGUGUGUCACACUCCAACUUUCCAGUGGUCAAACUGCUGCUGGAUACUGGUCUAUGUGAAACGGAUAAUGUGAACAAGGCUGGCUAUACCCCAGUGAUGCUGGCUGCACUGACAGCUGCUGAGAGCUCUGACGAUCUGGAAGUGGCGCAACAACUGUUGAAGCUGGGUGACGUCAACGCACGCUCCAGACAGACGGGCCAGACGGCACUCAUGCUUGCGGUGAGCCAUGGGCGCGUUGCCAUGGUGAAGCUGCUGCUGAGCUGCAACGCAGAUGUAAAUGCCCAGGACUGUGAGGGCUCCACCGCUCUGAUGUGUGCCAGUGAACACGGACACACUAACAUCGUUUGUCUGCUGCUGGAGACGGGACGCUGUGACACAAGCCUCACAGACAAGAAUGGACAGACAGCCCAGUCGGUGGCAGAGGGAGCCUCCCACCAAGACAUAGUUGACCUUCUGAAGGCCCACACUGAGGCCCCAACCUCAGAGCCCACUUCUACCACGGACCUCCACUGAGCCAGGCCGAUGCACUCCAAAUCCCUCCAGCUCACCCACCCCAACCUCUGUUUCCAAGACCCUCUUUGCUCAAUAACACAGAGGGAAAAACUGAACUAAAGACAUUGUGACACCAUACAGGACAUUCUCUGUAUGAGAGCGCAUAUGUUCUGUGUUACCCUGGAACUUGGGGAGCUCACGUACAAACCUCUGAGACUGGAGCGUCCGACAUUUGUACGCUCACAUAUUUCUUCCACAUCUCUGCCAACAUGCCCCCUGGGUGUUUAUGGAUAUGCUGCAUCAACCACCCAAGUGGACAGAAAACAAAAGGGGGCUGGUUCGCAUUGAUUAAAAGGCAUUGCCAUAGUGACAAGGCCGAUUGACAGGAUAUUGCUCGGAGAACGGGAUGAGAAUAUGAAGCAAGACGGAGUAGCAAGCGGAUGGAGAGAUACUCUGAUGAACUGCUGCUAAUUAUCAUCAAUCUAGCUCUUCAAGCAAAAUACUCAGCACAUGAUCUACCUUUUAAAUAUUAUACAAAUAUGACAUAAACAAUGACAUUAUUUUUAUCUUUUAUUUUAUGACAUUGACAUCAUUCUUUUCAUAUUUGGACAUAAGCCAUUAUUAAGAACAUAGUAUAUGUAGAAUGUUAUUCUAAUAGAUUAUAAUCAUAUACAAACACAGAAUCUGUAUUUUCUACUGCACUUUUUUUAAUUGUGUUUGUGUAAAUAGUCCCCUCUAAUAUCAGUGUCCAGAAGAAACUAUAUAUCUCUAAAAGUGUGAAUUAUAAAGCAAAAUAAUAGAGUAUAACCUCUGGUCAAUUUUCGCAUUACCCAGUGGAUAUAUGACAUCAUUCAAUGUAUUGUUUUUGUCAUAGUAAUCAUGUUUUUUCACAUAUGGGGCAAGGGUGAUCAUCUGUGAAUUUCAGCUGAAAAACAAAUGCUUCAGUUGGAGAUUAAAUGUUUAAAGAAAUGAUUUUUAUAACCAGAAUAUAACCAGAUUAUAGAAAGACUAAAGUCUUCUACCAGGAAGAUUGUACCGUACAGAAGAUGCUGCAUGACAAUACACAGUUACUCCCCCUGCUGGUUGUCAUAUAGUACUAAACCACAGUAUGUUGUAAUACUGUCUGUUCUCAUGAUUAACAUCUCUCUUUCUGUCUCUGUCUCUGUCCCUCAGUUCAAAUAUAAUGUAUGUCUUGUUCGCCUGCUUAUUUCAAAUCAAAUCAUGUAUGCAACUGCUACAAAAUGCACAAUGAAUGUCAGGCUGGCUGUGAUACAUUCCAAGAAAAAAAAUGUAGCAAGUAUAACUAUACCGGCAUGGAUCAUGCGACUAACAGAGACAUAGACUGUCCGUGGAUAUGGCAGACAUAGGAAUGAGUCUGGAUGUUUUUUACCGUGUGUGACAAAAGACAUUUAAUCUCUUAGAAAACCCUGAAUACAAAGAUCUAAUUUGCCUGUCUUAAAUUACUAACAAUAGUUCAUUCUGUUUCUGCCUCCAGGCAUUCAUAUUUCAAGGCAAACUGACAAGAUGUUAAACCUGAAAAGUAAUAUGGGGUUUUAAUGGCAUGCAGUCCGAGAUGAAGCAAUAUCAAUGGAAUACUACCUUGUCAGUAAGAAACUGGGUAGGUUGGUUGGCUUUGUGUCAAGCCUUAAAUCAAAUGGCCUUCCUACAUUUUAGAGGUGAGAUGUUUUCCAUAGAGUGUGUUUUUUUCCUCUUGUUUACCAUAAACCUACACCCAUAUUCCUAAAGUAUCUUCAAGCAGGAGUACUGGUUUAAUAAGAUGUUUACAACUUAACAGUUCCUCUUCAGUGACCGCUGCAAAAUUCCCCCAAAUGUAUGGUAAAUCAGGAAGUUACUGGUUUUCAGGAAACUGGUAUAUGGAGAUAAUCUCCACCCUCAUUUGGAGUGGGAUUGUUACAGAUGAAGCAAAGCUUUUCAUGAGGUAAAGAAGAUUUGCUAGGGUCACUUAAGGUGGAAUUUAAAGGGAAAUACCACUCAGUUUAACAACUGCCAUAUCUGUGGUCUAUGAAGAUCCAGUCUGCACUUAAAGUCAGAAAAUAAUUCACUUUCUAUGUAGGCAAGACUCCAGACAACCAGUCGAUCUUCUGAGAUUGUCAGAAUUUGUUUCAUACAAAAUCUAUACAACAGCAGCUCCUAUUAGUGCUUUUGGGAAGCUGGAUUCCAAAUGUAUUGGUUUGCUUCAAUCAUGAUAAAUUAGUGUUUCAUGCAUAUGUAGUGCUGUCUUUCUGAGAUGCAGUGUGAUCUGACCACUAAUCUUGCACCAGUACUCUCUCAUUCCCAGACGCUUUAUAAAUAUGGGUGCAAAUAUGGAACCAUGUAGACUGAUAUGAAGAUAGACUUAUUAUAUAUAAAGUAUCUUAUUUAUAUAUAAAGUUCUAUUUACAGUGGCUACAGCACCAUAAAUAGUUUCCAACAGUGGGUUUGUAAUCAGUUCAUCUUUAUUUGUUUGAGUUGCAAAGUAGCGCAGAUGUCCUCGACAAUGAGGCUGCAUUUACAGUACACAGGAUUAGAAAAUCUGUCUUUUAACUCUUCUCAGCACAUCUGAUCAUUUGUGGUUGUCUGUAUAUUAAGGGGCAAAAAUUUGAGUGUGUAGCUUCCCGUAUUUCAGACAGUCAAAGGAUGAUCAGAUCUGUACUGUGAUAAGUAUGUCGUAUAUCUGGUCUUCCGUGCCUGUGUAUUAAGUCUUUAUGGAAAUCGCAUCCAUAUGUUUAAUCCAGUGUGACCCAGAUGUAAUAAGGUUUCAUAACUGGCUGAGCACCAAAGACCUGAAAUCAAAUCUGUUUCACAUGGGGUUAAAUAUAUAUUUUAUCUGUUCCGGUAAAUCCCGCCAAAUAUGUGUACAUACAGUAUUGUGAAAAGUAUAUAACAAGUAUUGUCUGACAGUUUGCUCUAAAAAUGAUAUUAAGUAUUUAUUCCAAAUGCUAUAUUUUUACCAUAUAUAGUAUACUUAUGUAUGCAUGGACAAAUAUUCCAGUGAUUAUGUUGGAGGUGAGGUUUGGGGAUCCAGCAGUGGAUGAUUGGAAAUGACGUUGAGUGUUCCCUGAUGAUGUGAUUAUUGGGUGGUAUAGUACAUGUGUGAUCUGACAAGGUUGUGGACUGUGUCAUGUGCCCUUUAAUGCUACCUUUGACAUUUGUGGGGGAAAAUAUGAAGCAGAUUCGACACUUGCUUAACCUCUAAGGGCAACAUCUCCCUUGUUUGAAACCCCCUGUCUGAAAAUCGGAGUCUUAUGUAUAUGACAGAGUCAAAUGUAAAAACCUGUACUUCUCUGUAAUAUUCCUUGUACAACGGGCUUGUAUGUUACAAACCAGAGAACUACUUCUAAAUAAACAAAUAAAUAAAGAUUUAAAACUCCUUAAAUGCC